CAUCUGCUCCGAGCCGCCGCGCGGAUGAAACACCGGUCACCUUCACCCGAGCAGCAUCACGGGAAGCUCCCCCGUGUCGGUGUUCCCGCUGCGGCCGCCUCCGCCUCUCCGCUGGACGGGUCCAUGGAGGACGAGUCCCCUAAUCCGCGGGAACUCACCCAGAACCCUUUGAAGAAGAUAUGGAUGCCGAAUAAAAACGGGCUUCCCGAAAAACACAUAUCUCAUCGAAAGGUGUGCAUGACCAACUGUCCCACGCUGAUCGUGACCGUGGGCCUCCCUGCCAGAGGAAAGACGUACAUCUCCAAGAAACUGACCCGCUAUCUUAACUGGAUUGGAGUGCCCACCAGAGAGUUCAACGUGGGACAAUACAGAAGGGAUUUUUUAAAGAUCUACAAGUCGUUUGAAUUCUUUCGUCCAGACAAUAAGGAGGGGUUAAAGAUCAGGAGGCAGUGUGCUUCGGCAGCGCUGAACGACGUGCGACAGUACCUCACGGAGAAAGGAGGUCAAGUUGCAGUGUUCGAUGCAACAAAUACCACCAGAGAAAGAAGAGGCACCAUCAUUCAGUUUGCAGAACAAAAUGGCUUUAAGGUGUUCUUUGUAGAGUCUGUGUGUGAGGACCCAGAAGUCAUACAGGAGAACAUCGUGCAAGUGAAGCUGGGCAGUCCCGACUACACAAACUGUAACACGGAAGAAGCUGUGGAGGAUUUCAUGAAGAGGAUUAAGUGUUAUGAAAACUCUUAUGAGACGCUGGAUGAAGUUUCAGACCGGGAUCUUUCCUACAUCAAAAUCAUGGAUGUUGGACAACGGUUUUUGGUCAAUAGAGUGUUGGACCACAUCCAGAGCCGGAUCGUCUACUACCUCAUGAACAUCCACAUCACACCGCGCUCCAUCUACCUGUGUCGCCACGGAGAAAGUGACCUUAAUGUCACAGGGCGAAUUGGAGGAGACUCUGGUCUCACACCAAAUGGCAAAGCGUUUGCUAAAAAGUUGAACCAGUUCAUCCAGACGCAGAACAUCCAGGAUCUGAAGGUGUGGACCAGUCAAAUGAAGAGGACCAUCCAGACAGCGGAGGCUCUGAGUGUUCCUUAUGAGCAGUGGAAGGUCCUGAACGAGAUCGACGCUGGUGUGUGCGAGGAGAUGAUGUAUGAGGAGAUCCAGGAGCAUUAUCCUCUGGAGUUCGCCCUGCGGGACCAGGACAAAUACCGCUAUCGGUACCCAAAAGGAGAGUCCUAUGAGGACCUGGUGCAGAGGUUGGAGCCGGUCAUCAUGGAGCUGGAGAGGCAGGAGAACGUGCUGGUUGUCUGUCACCAGGCUGUCAUGCGCUGCCUGUUGGCCUACUUUCUGGACAAAACGGCAGAGGAGCUGCCGUACCUGAAGUGCCCACUGCACACUGUGCUGAAGCUGACGCCCGUGGCCUACGGGUGUAAAGUGGAGUCCAUCAGCUUAAGUGUGGAGGCUGUUAACACACACAGAGAAAAACCAGAGAACGUGGACAUCCACCGUACGGCUGAGGACGCCCUGCAGACCGUCCCUCCUCACCUCUGAGGCCUGCGCUGGAACCAGUGAUGCUGAAGUUGGACCUCUCCUCUGCCUCGUCCUUUCUUGUGGACGGACUCCUGUAAACUCACCACCACCCUCCACUCUAUGGAAGUAUUAGGUUGUUGGUGUCUGACAGCUGCAGCACAUCUGGGCCACUUUAUUCAUGAUCCAAAACUUUGUCCUGCAGAGAGGUGGUGGUUCUCAGCAGAGAUCAGUCUGAUGGAUGUUGUACUCGCUGUGGGUUCAGCGUGUCUGUGUAGAUCUAACUCUGACGGUUCCAGUCAGGUUAGCCACGCAGGUUCAACCCAACGUGUGUUUUCUGCUGCAUGUCAGACAUGAUAGCAUUCUGUGUGCAAUCGUUAUUUCAUGUGAUAUUGUGCAAUUCAUGUGGUUUGAACCUGCUCCCAGCACAAAGCUCUAACUGAACUGGGUGAAGGGAUUUUACCAGAAAUAUUAGCAUCUCUUGUAAACAGCUGCUAAUGUACUGUACACAACUGGGUGGUCAUAGCUUUAGCUACUGUCUGUAGUGGGUCGUUUUGUUUCAGCUGUUACAAACCGUUUAUGAGAAACGUGGAGCAAAAUAUCUGAGCAUUUGAAAUGUUUUAAACGCAACGUUAGCCAAAAGUUGGUAGUUUAUCUCCAAGUGAAAAUAUAUGUUUUAUCUCCACA